CUAGCUCUAGCUCUCGCUCGCUCGCUCGAUCGCUCUGAACGUUUUUCUCAGUCAUCGAGCGGAGCAUUACCCAGGCUGGUCUCUCUCUCUCUCUCUCUCUCUCUCUCUCUCUCUUCCUCCCUUUUUCUCUUCGCUUUCGUCGAAGUGAACGAGGACGCCGAGGUUGUCGUCCGAGAUGCGUCGGAGAAGAGCCGCUCUCCUGAUUACAUGAGACCGACCACCACACUAUGAAAGAUCUAAGUUUGAGGCAAUGGGAAGUGGUGUCUACACCUGGAAAUGAAGGAAAGACAGCGUUGGAGAGCUGAAGAGGACGCCUUGUUACGUGCAUAUGUAAAACAGUAUGGCCCACGGGAGUGGCACCUUGUUUCUCAGCGCAUGAGCACACCCCUUAACCGUGAUGCCAAGUCCUGCUUAGAGAGGUGGAAGAACUACCUGAAACCAGGUAUAAAGAAGGGAUCCCUCAGUGAGGAAGAACAGCGUCUUGUCAUCCAGCUGCAGGCGAAACACGGCAACAAAUGGAAGAAAAUUGCUGCUGAGAUCCCGGGCCGUACGGCUAAGAGAUUGGGGAAGUGGUGGGAGGUAUUUAAAGAGAAACAACAAAGGGAGCAAAAGGAGAACAAAGGUGCUUUACCAAUUGACGAGGGGAAAUACGAUCAUAUAUUAGAAAACUUCGCCGAGAAGCUAGUGAAGGAGCGAUCCACCCCAGCACUUCUCAUGGCCACGGCAAACGGCGGUUUCAUUCACACCGAUUCACCUGCUCUGGCUCCGGCUCUUCUACCUCCAUGGCUUUCGAAUUCUAAUAGCACCCCGACACUGAGGCCUCCUUCACCGUCAGUAACCCUAAGCCUCUCCCCUGCAACAGUUCCAGCAUCUCAACCCAUUCCGUGGCUGCAGGCAGAUAGAGGACUCGAUAGUGGUUCUAUCUCACUGAGCGGUUUGCCUAAUCAUGGUCCACUGCCUACUUCUGGAGAAAAUAUCUUAAUUUCUGAACUUGCCGAGUGCUGCAAGGAAUUGGAAGAAGGGCACCGUGCUUGGGCAGCACACAAGAAGGAAGCGACAUGGAGGUUGAAACGACUGGAGUUGCAGUUGGAGUCGGAGAAGGCGUGCAGGAGGAGGGAGCAAAUGGAAGAGAUAGAGGCGAAAAUCAACACUCUCAGGGAAGAGCAGAAAGCUUCUUUGGAUAAGAUUGAAACAGAAUACAGAGAGCAGCUGGCAGGAUUGAGGAAAGAUGCAGAAUCCAAGGAGCAGAAGCUGGCUGAACAGUGGGCAGCGAAGCAUGUGCAGCUCUCUAAGUUGGUCGAGCAAAUUGGGUUUAGACCCCGGAUUGCAGAUCAUAACAGGCAGUGAGAGCUGCCGUGAUCAGUAGCCCUUUAUAUACACGUUUCAUUCUUGUGCCAAUCAUGUUAUUCAAGUCUGCUUAUUAAAAUUCCGAAACUCCCUUUUCCUACCCGACAAACACCUACCUUUACGUAUAUCUCAAUAACAUUACAGAGCUUUUCAUCCUCAGCGAAGUCCUCUGAGACCUUCUGUAUGGAAAUAUACCGGGCAAACUGCCUUCAUAAGUAUUUACCACUUUGUUGUCCUCCUGGUCAGCAGCUUGGAUGGUUUAUCUACAUUGAGCAUUACCGUGGGAGACUUUGUUCCAGUCUUGCAGCAGAACAUAGAAUGAAGCUGAGAUGUGCACAUGUAACUGUUCAGGUAAAUCUUGUAGUAGCUCUGAAACUGAUUCCUGACAUUCUACAAUGGUCAAAGGAUUUGCUUCUUGGGUGUUAUUGCGGUUUCAGAUUCGUGA